AUGGGGAAGAUUGACAGCUAUUCCAUGAUGAUAAUUUCUCAACAAUUUAAAAGUAUCAACGACUUUAUCAAUAUCGAGUUUGUAUGCAGAAAGUAUGCCAACAAUAUGGCAAAGUUCCAUUACAACCCCAUUUCACUCACACCAAAAACAAGACGAUUCUUUCCAAAUUUAAACACUCUUCAUUUGUAUUCAAAAGAUGAUUUACUGUUCACAGACUUGAACAUUACCUCGCACCACGUUGAAUACAAAACCAAAUUAAAAUAUGACAAUUUUAAAGAAAAUACUCUCUCUGAUAUUUUGGACAGAGCAUUCCCAACAACAUAUCGCAAAAUAUGUUACAGUGGAUAUAAUCAUUAUGAUGAUAUUGUGACUAUCCCCGAUGGUGUUCAGAGUCUUUCAAAAUGGUGUUUGCAGUUGUGCACUGCAAAGACAAUUAACAUCCCACAAAGUGUAUUGGAGAUUGGAAGGUCGACGUUUGAAUGUUGCUGUACAGUAGAACAUUUGUACCUCCCUUCACGCCUUACUAAACUAAGUGCGGCGUUCACGUAUGUCUACAAUUUGAGAGAUCUUGUGAUACCGUCACUUGUGACAUAUCUUCACUGUGGACUCUUCGUAAAUUGCACAGAACUCACCAAAUUGGAAUUUUCGAGUGGAAUCACCACACUCCCUGAAUACCUCUUUUAUUCAUCAGGAAAAGGAAAAUACGAAGUGCCAAAUACCAUCACUAGGUUGGACGAUUUUUCUUUUGCGGAGUGCAAUUGGGACACAAUUAUUGUACAUGAAAACGUGUCUGAUUUUGGUAAAGGCGUAUUCAAAAAUGCAGGCGUUCAACUUGUGAAAUUGCCAAACAGUUUGUCUGAAUUUGGAGAUGAAAUGUUCUGUGGGUGUUAUUUAUUAAAAGAGUUCAAUUUCCCACCACACUUGACAAGAAUUGGUACAAAAUGUUUUGUUGAAUGUCCCAAUUUAAAAGAAAUAAAAUUGCCAACUACCAUCCAAAUUUUAGAAAAUGACUGUUUUGGAGAUGUUGAAGUCAAUAACAAAUUAUCUGAAUUGAAAAAUUUAAAAGAAGUGGGUGGAGAUGUGUUAUUAAAAUUCCAUCUCACCACCUUUGUAAUUCCAGAAAAUUUCAAAAAUGCAAAUUCGUUAUUUAAAAAUUGCAAAGAGCUUACAGCUGUCACUUUUAAUAAAACAAUAUGUGAGUUGAACAAUACAUUUUGUUGUUGCGAAAGUCUGAAAGAAUUUGUGAUACCAGAAACUAUCACCAAAAUUGGUGAAUCAUGUUUUUCUCAAUGUUCUUCUCUUACACGAGUUGAUCUUUCACAAAACAUUUGUGAACUUGGAGAUUCCACAUUUGAGAAUUGUGUGUCAUUGAGUACUUUGUCACUUACACAAAACGUCACGAAACUUGGGAAGAAGUGCUUUAAAAAUUGUGAAGUACUUUCACAUAUUGAUACAAAGUAUAUUAAGAAAAUUGGUAAAUCGUGUUUUAAAAAUUGCACACAACUUGACACAAUUGAUGUGAAUUUAACAACAAAAUAUGGGAUGUCGUGCUUUUCACAUUGCAAAUUACACGAUCUUGUUUUUCCAAAUGAAGUGGUGAAAUCAUAUGUAUACACAUACAUAAAGUCGUACAAUAAAAAAACGUAUAUUGUCGAUUUUGGACUCAAAAUGUUUGUGUCAGCAACUUCUUUAAAGUCCAUUUCAUUGCCAACUAACAUCGACAAAAUACCUGAUAUGAUGUUUUAUGGGUGUGUUGCACUUACAUCAAUAACGGGCACUCACCAAAUCACCGAACUCGGCAACUCCUGUUUGGAAGAAUGUAGCAGUCUCUCUGAUUUUCAUUUAGAAAAUGUUGUUGUAUAUGGAGACAGCGCGCUCAAAGGAGUAAACAUUACACGUAUUGUCAUUAACACACAAACUACACGACUCGGCGACUUCUGUUUCACAAACACGCCAAUAACUCGCAUUGAAAUACCACAGGCUGUUUGUGAGAUGGGAAAUAUUUUUGUCAAUUGUGGCAAACUCGAAGAACUGACUUUUAAUAACAAUGUUGUUGAAAAAAACGGAUUUGGAUUGAAUGGGUGUACUAAUCUUAGAUGUCUCACUUUUGCGGGUGAUAACAACAUAUUCAACAAUAAACUAUUCAACGGAUGUCAAUCCUUAGAAAAAGUCGUUUUUGUCAAAGGGAUCACUGAUUUAAAAGAAUUUAUUUUCCACAAGAAUAAUAAAUUGAAAGAAGUCGACUUCCCAUCUACCAUAACAGCUAUCAAGCAAGGCGCUUUCUCAGAGUGUGAAAAGCUCACAAAGGUUGGUGAUUGCCAAGGCGUCCAGUUCAUUUCACAAAAGGCUUUUUACAACUGCAAAAGUUUGAAGGAAGUCAAUUUGUCGUCACAACUUAAAAAUAUUGAUAUGAGCGCAUUUGGUGGAUGUACAAGUUUGACCGUAGAUUUUAUUCAAAAGUUUGGAAUUACAAUUAAAAAUGUUAUUGAUGAAAAAAAACAAGAAAGUGUGGAAGAAACAUUCAACUUAUUUGUUAAUUUAUUCUAA